GGCCCGGCCGCCGCAGCCUUAAGGGCCGGGCGGGGCAGGGGCCCAAAGUGCGGGGUCGGCCGGGUGCGGGGCCGGGGCCGAGGUCGGGGCGGGAUCCAGAGCGGGAGCCAGCGAGGGAUCUGGGACUCGGAGCGGAUCUGGAGCAGGACCCAGGAGCCGGCGCGGGACCAUGGCGAGGCGCGGGCCGGGGUGGCGGCCGCUGCUGCUGCUCGUGCUGCUGACAGGCGCGGCGCAGGGCGGCCUCUACUUCCGCCCGGGACAGACCUGCUACCGGCCUCUGCGGGGGGACCGGUUGGCUCCGCUGGGGCGCAGCACAUACCCCCGGCCUCAUGAGUACCUGUCCCCAGCGGAUCUGCCCAAGAGCUGGGACUGGCGCAACGUGAAUGGUGUCAACUAUGCCAGCAUCACCCGGAACCAGCACAUCCCCCAAUACUGCGGCUCCUGCUGGGCUCACGCCAGUACCAGCGCUAUGGCGGAUCGGAUCAACAUCAAGAGGAAGGGAGCGUGGCCCUCCACCCUCCUGUCUGUGCAGCACGUCAUCGACUGUGGUAACGCCGGCUCCUGUGAAGGGGGCAAUGACCUGCCCGUGUGGGACUACGCCCACCGGCACGGCAUCCCCGACGAGACCUGCAACAACUACCAGGCCAAGGACCAGGGCUGCUCCCAUUGGAAACAGAAGGAAAGUCCAGAUCCUAAUCCUGUAAUUGAGUGUGACAAGUUUAACCAAUGUGGGACAUGCAAUGAAUUCAAAGACUGCCACGCCAUCCGGAACUACACCCUCUGGAGAGUGGGAGACUACGGCUCCCUCUCUGGGAGGGAGAAGAUGAUGGCAGAAAUCUAUGCAAAUGGUCCCAUCAGCUGUGGAAUAAUGGCAACAGAAAGACUGACUAACUACACCGGAGGCAUCUAUGCCGAAUACCAGGAUGUCACCUACAUAAACCAUGUCAUUUCCGUGGCUGGGUGGGGCAUCAGCGAUGGGACUGAGUACUGGAUUGUCCGGAAUUCAUGGGGUGAACCAUGGGGCGAGAGAGGCUGGCUGAGGAUCGUGACCAGCACCUAUAAGGAUGGGAAGGGCGCCAGAUACAACCUUGCCAUCGAGGAGCGCUGUACGUUUGGGGACCCCAUCGUUUAAGGCUAUGUCACUAGAAGAGCCAUUUAAGAAAAGGCCUGGUGAGCCAUGAUCAGAGGGGAUCCUAUGGUUGUGUGUGCCAGGCUGGCUGGUGGGAACGGGGCUGGCUAUCAAUACUGGACGGCAAGGACAACGUAGUACUGGCUGAGAGUGUUCCUGAGGGUUGAAAAUGGGAUGACUUAAAACACUUGCACAGGACACAGGAGGGCUCUGCCUCACAAUGACUGCAGUCAGCCACCUGGUGAAGAAGUGAUUUGUGACCCAGCAAACCAUGGGACCUCAGUUUUCUUCCGUAGCGGGCUUGAUCUUUUGUAUUUGGCCACUGUGGGCAAUCAUACGGCAUGUGAGAGGGGAAACAGUUCAGACGCAUCACCGCUUCUUAUGUCACUUUGGAAAUCAAGGGCUGGGGAGGGAGGGAGGGAGGGAGGGAGAUGGCAGUUUCAAAUCGCCCAAGUGAUGAAUAAAGUAUCUGGCUCCACACAAGA